AUGGCAAUGUACGGAGGGAGGCUGCGAAUAUAUCUGGAUGACACACUUCUGAUGCGCUCACUUCGCAGCAGUGGCGUGGCCUCGGUAGCCAUUGGUGAAGACUACGGAAUCGGGUUACAGACACUACGCGAACACCAAUCGAGUCUACCCAUAGCACUUAGAAUCACGGAACUUGAUCUGCAAGACGAUCAGGCCAUCAAAAGACUUUCCGAAGUUCUCGCUAAGAUGCCCAAUUGCCACGAGAUUAGCCUAGGAGGAAUGGUUACCGAUGCAGGCUUAGCUCGUUUGGCUGCCAUACCAGAAUUCUCCCAGAUAACAUCCCUCAGCCUCUUCGACACAAAAGUUUCGGACAACGGUCUAAUCGCCUUAGCAGACAUGACACAAUUGGAAGUGCUCUGGCUAAACGAGCACCGCGUUACUGACGCAGGUCUGAUUCAUGUUGGAAAACUCAAGCGGCUGAAACGUUUGGGGCUUCUCGAAGAAGGGGGUAUGGGAAACUCUGCAAGGAUUACUGGAACUGGUCUUCGUCACCUUGAAGGUCUUACCGACUUAGAAAGUGUCUUGAUUGUUGGCCUUCGACUCUCUGACGAAGGUGCGCGUCACCUUGCAAAAAUAGAAGGCUUAAGGAGAUUGAUACUGACUCGCAGUACCACGAUCACAAACGCUGGUGUCGAAGCCUUGACGGGCUUGAGCCAUCUUGAGAGCUUGUCAUUCGACAGUUCAAAAGUCGAUGACUCCUGCCUUGUUCACUUGGAGAAGAUGUCCUCACUGGAGUCGCUCUGGGUUUCAGGAACGAGCAUCACCCCGGCCGGGUUGACGAGUAUCUUGAUGGCGGUCGAUCAGCAAAGUGACAGUACGAUUUUCACGGAAGAGCAUCAGGCCUUCCGACAAUCGUUGCGGCGGUUUGUCGAUAAGGAAGUCAACCCUAACGUCGACAAGUGGGAAGAGGAGCGGAAUUUCCCCGCGCACGAGCUGUUCAAGAAGAUGGGCGACCUCGGCUUUCUUGGUGUCUCAUACCCCGAAGAGUACGGCGGGCAGGGGCUCGACUAUUGGUACACCUUGGUCUUCAUGGAAGAGAUGGCCCGCAUCAACUGCGGCGGGAUCCCCAUGGCCAUCGCCGUGCAGACCGAUAUGGCCACGCCUUCGCUGUGCGACUUUGGUUCGCACGAGUUAAAGAAGAAAUACCUGGAGCCGACACUCAAGGGCGACUUGGUUUGUUCCAUCGGGGUCACCGAACCGGGAGCUGGCUCGGACGUGGCUUCGAUUCAAACCCGCGCGGUGAGCGACGGCGACGAUUAUGUGAUCAACGGCAGCAAGCUUUACAUCACCAACGGCACCCAGGCCGAUUGGGUGUGCCUGCUCGCACGGACUUCCGAAGGCACCGGAUUCCAGGGUAUGUCGCUCAUCGUCGUGCCGACCGACACGCCCGGUUUUAUUGUCAGCCGCAAGCUCGAAAAGAUGGGCAACCACGCCAGCGACACGGCCGAGCUGGCCUUCGACAAUGUUCGCGUGCCUAAGAGCAACUGCAUUGGCGAGGAAGGGCAGGGGUUCAUUCUGCAAAUGAUGCAGUUCCAAAAAGAACGCCUUGCCAGUGCGAUCAUGGCUUACGUCGGUGCUGAGAAGUGCAUUCGCAUGACAAUCGAAUACUGCCGCGAACGCAAGACAUUUGGCAAGCCGCUCAUCGACAACCAAUGGGUUCACUUCCGCAUCGUCGAACUGAUCACCGAAAUCGAGCACCUGCGGCAGAUGUGUUAUCACUGCGCCCGCAAAGUGGUCGACGGUCAGGACAUGACCCGCGAGGCUUCGAUGGCCAAGUUGAAGGCGGGCCGUCUUGUCAGAGAAACCGCCGACUGGUGCAUGCAAUUCCACGGCGGCAUGGGUUAUAUGGAAGAAUACCCGAUGGCCCGAUACUUCCGCGAUUCGCGUCUGCUUUCGAUUGGUGCGGGUGCGGACGAAAUCAUGAUGGGCAUCAUCGCCAAGUACGAAGGCAUCUUGCCCAAGCGGUAA